AUUUCAAGGAAAUCUGCUUUACUCUUACUCUUACUAAUUACUCUCAGAGAAGAGAGUUCUUCUCUUCACUCUUACGGGAUAUUUACGAACAGUGUUUAAUGAGCAACGUGUUUUUCGAACGCGUUGCUCAUUUGCGAUGGUCACUCCAUCACGCGGAAGUUCCGGUAUUCGAUUGUCCCAUGGACUUGUGGUAGUUGUUUCUGCGCUUGCCAUCUUCCUUCUGCGCCUCGGCAGCUCUUCAUCUCAGAAAGAUGAAGAUUCUAUCGGUGAUAGACCAAUGAAACCAAAGAUUCCGACUCGCAUGGAUGUUUUUAUGGAAGCCCUGUGUGAAGGGACUAACGACGAACAGUGUUACUUGGACAGACUUGAAUACGAAGCCAUUCGAGCAUUGCAUCGCCAGCUUGAUGAUGAUGCCAACGGCGAUGUCGACAUUUCGGAGUCGAACGAUUUUUUGCGUGAAGAGCUGCAGUUGGAAGGUGGAUCUUCAGUGACGAGACAACAAGCAUUCCACAAAAAUGACAAACUCAUAUCAGUCCAAGAUUUAUGGCUAUCCUGGAUCCAUUCCGAGUUAACGUUUUCGCUCUUGGACUGCGUGGGGUCUGUUGGUGAGGAGAAUGCGGAAAUCCGCAGCAUUUGGUGUUACCGUGUGACACGACAUGGCGUCGCAUCACGUCGACCUCUGAACUUCCCGCAUGACGACGUCGACCGAGGGACAAGUGUAACGGCCGACUUCCACCCGUCGUUGUAG